AUGGCAGAGGAUAACUAUGCCGACCUCGCCGUCUUCCGCCAACUCUUCGAUUCCAUCAAUAGCGACCCCCCUGGACAACGAGAUCUUUCCUACAAUGGAUUGGCGACCUCGUUACUUGCGUAUUACUUCCCCCCUACCGAGGGUUUUACUAUCACGCCAUGCCGUAUCAAUGCAACUAGCUUCGUCCUCCGGGUCCAAUACUAUCUCCCAAGACCCGGCCAAAAUGAACGCCCUGUGAGAAUCCCCAUCCAUCUCCUGGCAAGCGUCACGCACCCAUCGCGAGACUGGAAUCCUACUAUGGAGGUCCUUGACGACAUUUCGCAGAGCUGGAAGGACUUGGAAUAUACUUGGACGAUGGCGUUUCAUGGUCUCGACGUUUAUUUCUUUUGGCUUCGGCCUCAAGUAGUGGAAGAUCUGCGAUUUCUUGGGCUUGAAGAAAGGUUUGAGCAGGGCGGCUUGCCUCUUUAUCAAAAUAGAUAUCAUCUGUUGGAGGAUAGUGUCAAGGUCCAUCAACAUCUGACGACCAUGUCUCUUGAAACAUGUUGGGGUAAUGCCAUUCGACUCACUGAAAGUGAGCAUACUGAAAAUGGGGAUACUGAAAAUGGGCACACUGAAAAUGGGCAUACUAGAAAUGGGCAUACUAAAAACGGGGACCUGAGAGGCUCACCUGACUGGGUUAAGGUUGAGGAGGCAUGA